AUGUCCACAGAAGCAAAAAAUACCAUAUACGUCGUGACAGGAGCCAACAGAGGUGUCGGUCUCGGCCUGGUCAAGACCCUCCUUACUCGCCCUUCCACCACGGUCAUUGCUACAGUGCGCAAUGACACAGCUGCCAAAAACCUCCAAGGAGAGCUUUCAAAUGUCGCAGCCAGCAAAGACAGCACCUCUGAGGUUGUUCAGCUCGACUUCUCCUCCAGCCUUCUUCCCGAACAAAUUCGAAAUGCCAUCGUUUCAAAGGUUGAUCAUGUCGACAUUCUCAUUUGCAAUGCAGCUGUCUCUCCGCCCAUGACACUUGCGGCCCAGACGCCAGCUGAAGACCUCCGCACAGCAUUUGAGGUCAAUACCAUUGGGCCGCUGACAGUCUUCCAAGGCCUUUGGCCUCUGCUUCAGAAGUCAGUCGCGCCCAAGCUCAUCAACAUGACUUCAUCUGUUGGAUGCAUUACAUUCCAGGAGGUUCCUGGCGGCGCCUACGGCCCUAGCAAGGCUGCUCUCAACUGGAUCACUCGAGCCUUGCAUAUUCAGAACGAAAGCCUAGUUGCUGUCGCCCUUCACCCCGGAUGGGUAAGGACAGACAUGGGAGAGUUUUCGGCCAGGGAAUGGGGAUUCCCUGGAGCUCCUAUGGAGACAGUCGAGAACUCAGUUCAGGGCAUCUUGGAAGUAAUUGAUGGAGCUACUCGGGAUACCACAUCAGGCAAAUAUGUUACCUACAAGGGGCAGAUUCUUCCCUGGUAG